AUGAAGGCAAUGGCCCUUGGAAAGGACGAAAUACUCUUCUUGCUUGACUUGAUUUCCAAGCAAAAAGUUACUACUACCAAGGCAACGAAUGCUACAAAUAACAAAUUAAAGGAAGAGGCUUGGAAAUCCAUAGCGCAGGAGUUUAGUGCGAUGGCGGGAGAUUUACGGCGUCCUGAGCAACUACGCAUAAAGUGGGAAAACUUAAAGAAGUGGGCAAGGAAACGCAAUGCAUUGAUAAGACAAAAUAAUUUAAAGACCGGUUGUGGAAAAAUGUACAUCCGAUUGGGUGCAACAUGCACGGGGUUCACUGUGGAGUUUGGUGAUGACAGGGAAAAGAAAUGGUGCCACCAGAUGCAGUUUGCCGAGAUUCAAAAGUGGAAAGCAUUGUUUUUUGAUGCUAUACCAUCGGAUAAGCGAAAAAUACAACGUAAGAGAGAGGGAAAAGAAAAACGUGACCUGCAGGAUAUUAUUCAGCUUUUUAAAACUACUGAACCUGAUCUGAUUCCUGUCUUUGUUGCAAGGGAGUUAGAAAAAUUACCACCAAUUACCUUUGAUCAUCUUGACUGUACAAAACUACUAAAGGAUAUUGCAAAAUUACGUUUCGAUAUAGACUGCAUAAAGUCGACGUACACUCCGCUUGAACAGCAUAAAGAGCUUGAAAGUAAAGUAUUGGUAAUGAAGGAUAUUCAUCCGCCGCGCAUGUGUAAUGUGAACCCAAGGCUGAGUGCUUGGGGCCUUGAUAGUGGACCAAUAGGUAUGUCUGCUAUACAUGACUCCACUUUCGUUAGGUCUAAAGAGAUGAAGAAUAUAAAUAUUUCGUCGUCACUAAUACGAGACGAAACAUCACCUAGUUGUAGCCCAAGAAAGAAAGUAGACAAUAAUCAGUCUACCGGCCAAAGAAAUAAUAUUGUGCACGAACGGGUAUCUUCGCCGUUGUCAUCGCAUCAUAAUACUAACCAUUGUUCGCGGGUGGUUGUUCAAUCUGAGUCAUGCGAAACCGGUCAGAACGCAAGUAUGACAAGUAAGAACGUUAUAAGUAACAAAACAAACUUAUUGAAUAAUGCUGGGGAAUUAGAGUGUGCUUGCGUCGACGACAUAAUUUCAAAAAAUGAAUAUGAAUGGCAAACAGUUCAGCAUAAAAAGAAACCUAACUAUCGAUACAGAGGUCAAGUGGGUAUAAAUACGAGCGAUUUAGGUGAAAAAUUUAAAGCCGCAAUACGUAAAUCGCCAAUUUUUAUUACGAACAUACAUCAAGAUACGGAAGAAAGCGACAUAAUUAAUUAUAUUAAAGCGAAAACACAGGAAACAGUGUCGCUAGAAAAAAUUCAAAUAAAAAAGGCUACCGAUCACAAAGCCUAUAAAUUCUUUGUAGAUUGUGACAAAAUACCAUUGUUUCUUGAUGCAAAUAUAUGGCCGAAGGGUUUUUAG